CGAUGCUCAUGGUGGCCCCAGGGCGGUUUUUGAGGGUGUUCAUGUCCCCACAUCCGCCUUUUGGGGGGAGAGUUCACUGGUGCAUCUGAAUGUUCAGUCAAACUCUUUGGCCGCGAUUGCGGUGUCGAAGUUUUGCUAGUCACGUAGACAUUGCUGGAAGACGUGCAUCCGGGCCCUUCCAAGUGACAGGAGAAUCACCCAUAAUCACUUGUCCAUUACGGAUGACUGUAGGGAGUGGGGUGUUCUUGUUCCUUCGUUCAUCAACUAUAACGAUUGGCUGUCCACUAGCUAUGUACACGACCUGCUCGCCAGGUACCACACGUUGCUCUCGGUUGGCGUAGGACUGUGAUUGACCUGGAGCAUAAGCAUUAUUUUGUCGUUGGGCUGGAUAUGAUGUACCAUAACUAGUCGAAGGAUCAUCAUUGUCGUAGGAUUUUGGCUUUUGGAGGAUUGAGGCUGGCUGAGGCUGGGUUUGAAU